AUGACUAUCGAUGUCGGGUCUGUCCAGGGACAUGUCAUUGUCUUCACCAUAACUGCUUGGGGACGUGCGAAGUGUGCUUGGAUACUUCUUGCAAAAAUAGUUCGUUAUCGAUCGGUCCACGCGGCGAUGUUCAUCGGGUCUUCAUUACAUGUGAAGGUUGUCAAAGACCUCGACGCACAAUUCAUACCGGAGGUUGAGAACGACUGCGACGGCUCAAAAGGUCAACUUGACAUUCCCGUGGCGGCAGUGCCUCUAGAAAUGAGGACUCAUCCCUUUGAUAACGGACCACUCAAUGCAUCCUUUAUAAAGGAAUAUGAAAGACUCUUGAAUAGCAAUCGUUCUGUCGGCGACCGUGGCUUCUCGUCGGAUGUGGUUGAACCAGGAAGCCCUCAACUCGUGAUACUGGACUUCUUUUUAUAUGAGACCCUGAAAAACAUCAGGAGUGUCAGCGGAAUUACCGUUCCAGUCUAUGCCCUGCAGUCUGCAUCAGUUGCAUCAGUACUUUUCAUGUUCGGCCCACCAGAUAUUGGAGGCGUUUACAGAAACGUGGAAGAAGAGCUCAAUGCAAUCCUCUACACAGAUUCAGAAGCUUCGAGUGGUGGACUCAUUGAAAUUCCAGGACUCCCUCCUAUGUGCGACCUUGAGCACACAGCCCAAAAUUUCAUCACGCCUGAAGCCGCAGCCGCAGAGUCUGUGCAAGCUGGAGUGUAUAGGUGCGAUGUAGCCGUCAUGAAUACGAAUUCGAUUUAUGAAGCUCCGUCUAUCCGGGCAUUUGAGGGAUGGCUCAGUGGCAGGCCUGUCAUUAAUGUUGGACCGGUUGACUUUCCUCUCUUUCCGCGACUUGAAACAGCGUCACAAACGACUCUGGAAGUCAAGGCAUUCCUCGAUUCAGUGCUGCAUAAGUUUAGCCCUGCUCGGUUGCACUGGUCGCGCGACCAGUGCCUGCCAAAUUCGCAACCACCGGUUACACAACCAGUGGUUGCAAACCAUCAACCAUCAGACGUGCUCGGCUGCACGUCUGUUUUGGAAGUGAUGAUUGAGGAGCGUGCACCUAUCAUAUUCGCUCACGCUUCACCAUCUGCUUCGGUGCCGGACGACAAGAAAGAGCGGUAUGCUGGCAUUUUGCAGGAGAUCAGGCAACGAACGCCGCAGGCAUUGCUAGUUGCUACCGUGCACAAUCUAGGCUACGAGCUUGUCGAGGUUCGCAGUGGAGAUGGACUACGUCCCAUCCAUCACCUUGGUGGCAAGGCCCCGGAAGCCAGCAUUGAAUCGGUUAGGCGUGAGUUUUCUGAAACUCGUUCAGAAGAUGAGAGGACAGGAUGGGGCUGCGAAGCGCGCGAACGCCCAAAAGUUUCGUAA